UUGAAAAAAAUACUGACCAAGCUUGAUCGUCGUCAAUGUUUAACCAUUGUUUGUUUAACCAUUUUCAUUCAGCCGUUGGCCAUUUGGUUCCAUGACAAAGCAUGUUCCUGUGCGGUUCUCGUCAAUAUCAUCCUGCUUUUCCUUUUCGUAAUACCUGCAAUUAUACACGCUAUAUGGUAUUGUUUCAUGAGAAGCUCUACUUAA